AUGCCUCGCCAGGCCGCCUCGAGGUUGGUGGUCGGAGAAGGUGAAGGGCCCCCGGGGGCUUCGGGGCCGGCGGCCACCAUGCUCCGCUCCCUGCUGCUUCACUCUCUGAGGCUCUGCGCCCAGACCGCCUCGUGCCUCGUGCUGUUCCCGCGCUUCCUAGGCACGGCCUUCAUGCUCUGGCUUUUAGAUUUCUUGUGCAUCCGCAAGCAUUUCCUGCGCCGUCGCCAUCCUGACCACCCCGAGCCCGAAGUAGAACUCAACAGUGAAGGCGAUGAGCUGCCCCCUGAUGACCCGCCCAUCUGCGUAUCGGACGACAACCGUCUGUGCACCCUGGCCUCUCUCAAGGCCGUGUGGCAUGGCCAGAAGUUGGAUUUCUUCAAGCAGGCCCAUGAGGGUGGCCCAGCGCCUAACUCGGAGGUCGUCCGGCCUGAUGGCUUCCAGAGCCAACGCAUCCUCGACUAUGCACAAGGGAACCGCCCGUUGGUGCUCAACUUUGGCAGCUGUACCUGACCACCGUUCAUGGCGCGGAUGAGCGCCUUCCAGCGCCUGGUCACCAAGUACCAGCGCGACGUUGACUUCCUUAUCAUCUACAUCGAGGAAGCCCACCCAUCCGACGGCUGGGUCACCACAGAUUCACCCUAUGUCAUCCCCCAGCACCGCAGCCUGGAGGACCGUGUCAGCGCAGCAAGAGUACUUCAACAAGGCGCACCUGGCUGUGCUCUGGUCCUAGACACUAUGGCCAACUCCAGCAGUUCCGCAUAUGGUGCCUAUUUUGAGCGCCUCUACGUCAUUCAGAGCGGCACCAUCAUGUACCAGGGAGGCCGUGGCCCCGACGGUUACCAGGUGUCUGAGUUGCGCACUUGGUUGGAGCGCUACGAUGAGCAGUUGCAUGGUACUAGGCCACGUCGAUUCUAA